AUGGCUUUGAAAAACCACGGCCGCGACUACGACAUUGUCGUUUAUGGAGCCUCAGGCUACACCGGUAAAUACACAGCCCAACACAUCACCACUCACCUGCCCACCACCCUCAAAUGGGCCGUAGCCGGCCGCUCCCGCUCCAAGCUCGAAGCCGUCGUCUCCCGUCUCAAGGAACUCAACCCGGACCGCACCCCCCCCUCCAUCGAAAUCAUCUCUUCCGCCACCGACCGCACCGCCCUCGAAUCCCUCUGCCGCCGAACCUUCAUCCUUCUCACCACCGUCGGACCCUACGGCUCCCUAGGCGAGCCCGCCUUCGCCGCCUGCGCCGCCGCCGGCACGCACUACUUUGACGUAACAGGCGAAGUCCCCUUCGUGCACCGCAUGAUCACCAAGUACUCUUCUCUCGCCGCCCAGUCCGGCGCAAAGAUGUUUCCGCAGAUCGGCAUCGAAUCCGCGCCCUCGGACCUGCUGACCUGGUCGCUCGCCCAAGAAAUCAAGCGCGAGUUCGGGCCCGAGACGAAAACGGGCGAGGUAACGCUCAGCAUCCACAACCUGCGCUCUGCGCCCUCGGGCGGCACCCUCGCAACAGUCUUCACCAUCCUCGAGAACUUUUCUCUAAAGGAACUGCGCGAGGCGCAUAAACCUUACGCCUUGAGUCCCGUCCCGCAUCCCAACCCGGACCUGGCGGAAUGCAGGACAACGUGGACUACCAAGUUCACCGGCCUGGCAACGACCCCCAUCUUGGGACUGGGAACAAGUUCAGUAGCAGCCAAAACCGACGCUGCCAUUGUGGAACGUACCUGGGGCUUGCUUUCCCAGCCCAAGAACAAGGGCAAAGAAGAUGAGAGCUACGGACCCAACUUCAGCUUCAAGCAAUAUAUGAAACCCCGCAACUGGCUGAACGGGAUCGCUAUCCAUUUCGGACUGAUGGGCGCGGACGAGGAGGUUGCAAAGAGGGACGAGCUGGAGUUUUGGGGGGUUGCGAAGCCGGAUGUUGAACGAGAUACGAAGAAGAGGGCGUUUGGAAGGUGUUGGUUUCGGGGACCGGUUUAUUACUAUACCGGUGUCUUGCUGGCUGAGGCGGCUGCUACGUUGCUAGAGGAGGAAAGCGUAGAGGAACAGUUUGGUGGCGGUGGAAUUUAUACGCCUGCUUGCUUGGGUCAGCCGUUUAUUGACAGGUUGGAUAAGGCCGGGUUUCAUUUUGAGACCAAAACCAUGGAGGAGUAA